AUGCCUACUGGACCCUACCAGUUAACUCUUAAUGUCUCCCAACUCAUCGAUGCCUCUCGCAAAGACCCGUGGGGCAAAGACACAGUCAAGUAUCGCCGGCUGAUGAUAUCACGUUUCGACCCACUUCCUCCCAACACUUGUUAUAGGAACGAAAAAGUGCCAUACAUGUCACCAACUAUCUCAGCAGCUAUGGACGGCAUCCUUACUCCCUUCGACUUUCCAGCAGGCAUCUUUGGGUCUCUCGAUAUGGUCGUCUGUUUCCAACCAGACUUUUACAAACCGAAUAAAACUUGGCCAGUCGUCCUGUUUUCUCCAGGAUUCAACGCUACUCGUCUUAUGUACUCAAUGCUAGCACAAGAAGUUGCAAGCCAAGGCUACACCGUUAUUACAAUCGACCACCCUUUCGAUACAAACGUGGAAUUUCCAGAUGGGACCAUUGCUUAUGGCGGGAAUGUGAACUUCUCGGAUAUCAACUCUGUAUAUCAUGCUCUUGACAUUAGAAUGAACGACAUCUCGUUUGUACUCAACACCUUGGGCAUCCAAUACAACGCACCACCAAACGCAAGCGCGUUAGGUUUUGGGGGCUCUUUUGGUGGAGCUGCUAUUGCUGCAGGAAUGCUCAACGACACACGAAUUCGCGGCGGUGUGAAUCUCGAUGGAGAACUAUUCGGUGGAGUCAUUAACGCGGGACUGGGUCGACCUAGGAUCAAUCAAUCAUUUAUCCUUUGGGGAGCUGACGGCCAUAAUAGCUCGAGCGAGCCUGAGUGGGGAUCGUUUUAUCAGAACCUUAAGAGAGAAGGGAUGUUUGAAAGAGAAUUUGGGUUGCUAAAUGCGUCACAUAUUACGUUUUCGGACCUGCCACUAGUUGUUGAUGUUACUGGGAUUAGGACAACUUUGUCUGCGGAGAGUCAAGCAGUGGUUGGAUUUCUCCCCGGCAAAAGGGUGCUACAGAUUUUGAGCAAAUACUUGAGUGAUUAUUUUAGGUUUGUUUUGCGGGGAAACGAGGGGGAGGGGCUGCUAUAUGGACCAAGUAAAGAAUAUCCCGAGGUCGUAUUUCUGGGAUAA